CCGAUCCUUUCCCAGGAACCACAGGGGACCUGGGGAGGACCAAAGGGUGAGGGCGACACAGCCUAGCGGCAGGUUCGCUAGGGUCUCGAGUCUCUCGGGCUCAAUCGCAGUAGAACUACAAUUCCCAAGAUGCCUCAGGGCCUGUGCCUCACUUCCGGGGAUCCGCCUGCCAGUUUCCUCCACUCAAGACAGCCUCUUUGUGUAUGGUCUCCUGGAUCAGAGCCACUACUGGCCAUCCCAAAGCCAAACCUGGUGCCUUAAGGCCUUGAGUCCAUCCUGGUCCCAGAGAUCCAAGUUCUCAGCAGUUCCCAAGGCUCUAGCCACAGCUCCCAACUCCCCUGAGCUGUUCAAGGAGUCCUGGCCCUACAGCUCAGGCCCUCCAGCUCAGGUGAGGAGUUCCCACCCAGCACCUCUAAGGCACAGAUGGGGGUUUCCCCACCACCUACCCCAGUUGACAGCGGAGACUCCGUGGUGGCAAAGUACAUAAACCGGUUCCGCCAGGCUCAGCCCACAAGCCGGGAGGAACGCCAGCCUGCAGGCCUAACCCUAAGUGACUUUUGGUGGCUGAGACCCGAGUCUCCAGGUCCCAGCAGUCAACUCACAGCAGCAGGGGCCAGUAAGCAAGAAAGAAGACCCAGCACAACAGUCCCAACUCCAGCCAAGGUGACCAGCACAUCCCAGGCUAUGGAACUCCUUCAGGAAAGAAAGCAGAGCCUCAGCGCAUGGGACUCACCCCUGCUGGACCUGGAGACGCUGAGCCUGCAGAGCAGAGCCGCCAGGCUGCUGGAGCGCAGCCAGGCCUCCAUCUCCUCCUCCCUCAGCCCCAGUGAUGCCAGCAACUCCUCACUCCCCGUCAGCUCUGACGGCCUCUCACCCUCCUCAGUGACCUUUACUCCCGACUCCAGCGAGGACUCAGGCCCCAGGAUACCCGCAACCGUGGCAACAGCCCCCACCCAGGCUUCAGCUCCGGUUUCCUCAAGGGCAGCCCUGCGGCCAGAGGAUGACAUUCUGUACCAGUGGCGACAGCGGAGGAAACUUGAACAGGCUCGAAGGGGAGAGGGUGAUGGACCCUGGGUGCUGUCCAGGACCCCUGCCUUCACCACUCAGGUCCCUGUUCCUACCUCUGUACAGACCACUCCUGCCCCUGCGGAGACCCUUGGGCUCCUGGGGAACCAGCCAAGCUGUGUCCCCGUGUGGGGCAGUGUGGCCCAGCCCAGUGCCCCGGAGGCCUUCUGCGUGGCGAGGCCUCCUAUUCCUCCGGGGUCCUCUCCACACAUCUUCUGGGACCCCAGCCCCCACGGGUUCUUCUGGGUCCCGCAGCCUGGCCCCUGGGUACCUCUCGCAACAGUCCCUCCGGCGCCGCUGUCCUCCACCCCUGCCCCCCCUGCGGCCCCCCAAGGCCACCCCAGCCCUGCAGGCGGCAGCCCCGCCCAGCCCGAGAGGCAAGACCCCAAGCCUCGGAGGGGCAGAGCCUCGCGCCGGGAGCCUGCUGGGCCAGUCGCGGCAGCUAGCCCAGGACCUGGGCCGCAGCUCAGGGGCGCCCUGGGCCAGGUGGUGGCGGCUCGGCUGUUCCCCGACGGCUUGGAGGGCACGCCGCCUCGCCUGCAGGGCCCGCCUGCACCUGAGGCGGAAUGUCCCAAAGUCAAGGCCCCACCCGCUGAAGCCGGGGUCCGGGCCCGUCAGUCGGAGGCCAGUGCCCCUCUGUCUGAGACACAGUUUCCGCAGUCGGAGACCUCGCCCGGCUGGUCGAAGCCCCAGCCUGAGAAGACCUGGGCCCCGCCCCGCCCCGUGGAGUCUGCCGGAGCUUGGGGUCCGCGCCCCGAGGCCCCGACACCCGUGCUCCAGGGGGAGCCUCCCGCGGCCCGGCCCGCCGCUGACCCCACGCCCUCGGAGGACAUGCUGUCUCAGGCUGCGCGGCUCCUGGAGGCCGCCGAGGACUCAGACGGCAGCGAGUUCCAGGACGACCCUGUGCUGCAGGUGCUAAGGGCUCAGAAGGUGGAGCUGCGGCGGCAGAAGAGGGAAGUGGAUGCCAGAUUAUCCUGCUUGCUGGGCCACAUCCAGGACCCGGGGCCUUGGUCCCCUUCAGCCAGGUCCCCAAGGAGGCAGCAGCGAAGGGAAGGAGCCUCACUCCAGGGUAGACGACUUUGAGUUGUACAAAUUCUGUUUUUUUCAAUAAACAUUUUUUUCAGGUUACUGGCUGUCUGAGAAACAGGUGAUUGUAGAAAGGUACAAGGGUCAUGCUAAUUUAGGGAGACCACCCCAUGGCUCUGACCUGCUUCCCCACCCUCCUUCCUGACCACUGAAGCAGAAUCUUCUUGGUGGCUUGGUAGUCCAACCCAGUCUUCAGGCAAGACUGGGACCUACUUUUAUCUGACUCAGUUUAGGAGCGGGUCUUCCUGUCGCAGAUGGGACCACAGGAACUGCCCUCUGGGCAUGAAGCUAUUAGGGUCAUUAGCGCGUUGGGCAAUGGUCAUGCCCAGUCCACAUCCCGCUUGAGCUAGCAGCCACAUUUGGUGCAGCUGAGCCCCCACUCUGAGAAGUAUUUCCUUGCUGGCCUCCAGGAUCCCACACUCUCCUCUCCCCUCUGGUGGUCCCUCCUCAGUGGCCCGGGGACCCUGGCGUCUCCAGCCUAGACCAGUCUUGAGCUCCAGGCUCCCACUUCCUGCUGUCUGCUUGACAUCUCCACCAGUGGCACGUGGGGAGGGGGGUUCUAAGAGCAUCACAAACUCAGCGUGUCAUAAACUGGGCUCCUUGACCUUCCACCUAAACACAUCCCUCCCCCGCUUUUCCCAUCUGUGUCAAUGGCAGCUCUGUCCUUCCAGCUGCUCACGCCAAAGUUCUCAUAAUCAUCCCUGACUCUUUCUCACCCCUGCAGUCAGUCAACUAGCAAAUCCUGUCAUAUUUCAAUGCCUUUAAAAUCAACCCAGAAUUCAACCCCUUCUUGCCCUCUACUGCCCUCUUCCAAGUCUGGGUUACCAUCUCCUGUCUGGGCUAUUGAAAAGCCCAUUUUUGUUACUAUAAAAACAUUUCUGCAAUUCUCAGACAUGUGGUAGAGUCUAUACCCCUUCUUCCUGAGACCAGGUGGGCUUGUGACUGUCUCAACAAAUGAAAUGCAGUUAAGAAAACGCUGCUUAACUUUCAAAGCUGGGUUAGAAAGGUGAUAGUUUCCACAUAAUUCUUCUUAGAGCCUUGUG